CUAAACCACUAACACAAGCAAAUGAAAAUUUCGCGUGUUCCCGUAUUCAAUAAAGUUGAAUAAAGUCCGGCAAAGUUCGCAUUUAAAACUACUUUAUCACUGAGAUAUAAGACAGCAGAAGAAAACUGAUACCCGUUGUUGUGUUUUAAUGUAUAGUUAAUAAGUAGAGCAGUAUAGAGUUUAAAAAGCACCGAUACCUGUCUAAUAUAACCUAUUAAUCUAUUUACAAUAAGGAAUAUUUAGACGAAUAAACAAUGUUUCAAUAAUUAUACUAAAAGACAAAAAUAUUCCAAAUAAUGUUAUUUGCAUUUCGCAAGUGUACACGUCAAAUUGAAUUGCAUUUUUUAAAACGAUUAAUUACAUUCUCUACUGUACCACACAAUGAGGUUAACCAAGAGGAAUAUACAUUAAAACCCGACGAGGACGUGAUAUUACGUCGAGAACAUUCAAAGUUUUUAAAAGUUGCUAUCGUAGGAUUGCCAAAUGCUGGAAAGAGUACGCUGAUAAAUAACCUUGCAAAAAGAUCGUUAUGUCCUACUUCGUCAAAAGUCCAUACCACGAUGCACAAAUGCGAGGCGGUAUAUUCGGAAGGCGAUACGCAAAUUGUAUUCAUGGACACACCUGGAUUUACGUCACACUACGAAAGAAAGAAGUACAAGUUAAAAGAAACAUUUACCAAAGAUCCGCUGUCAUCCAUAGUCGAAGCAGAUGUUAUCGGAUUAUUACAAGAUGCAACUAAUAUCUAUACCAGACAUAAAAUCAAUCAAUAUGUUCUUGACUAUCUAAAGAAUAGGAGGAAUGAUUCGUCGCUAUUAUUGAUUUUUAAUAAAGUUGAUAUGCUAAAGAAUAAAUUUGUGUUGCUAGAGAUGACACGACAAUUUAUAAAAAAAUCAGAGUCUCUAAAAUUUGACGAUAUUUUCAUGAUAUCUGCGCUUACCGGAGAUGGUAUAGAUGAUUUAAGGAAUUAUUUGCUCGAUUCAGCCAAGCUAAAAGAUUGGCAAUACAGAAAUGAUGUGUGCACUGACCAACCGCUUGAAACUGUAGUAACAGAAACGGUUAGAGCUAAAUUGAUGGAUAACUUGCAGCAGGAAAUUCCGUACAAUAUAAAACUAACAAUAGAGCAUUUGGAUGUUGGCAAAGAAGGAACUAUCAGCGUUACUGUAUUGUUAGAAUGUGACAAAGAGCGUUACCAUAAUAUUUUAUUCCGCAAGCGUGGACGAAGUUUGCGCGCGACAGCAGAAAUGGCAGAAAAUGAACUACGGAAUGCUUUUAGAACUAAUGUACUGGUACGUUUAGUCGUGAAAUGCGAAAAUAUGAAAAAACAAGAACACAGGUAAACGACGUUGUUAUUAUUAUUUUGUAAAUAAUAUUUGCGCACUUUUCUAUAGAAUAAAUAGCAUCUUGUUUUAAGCAAUA